AGUAGAUACUACAGUCUGACAUUCAUCUCCUUCCCUUUGAUCUCUUCAAUCUUGGCCUGAGGCAAUUGAAAUUCUCCGUCUUUUUUUCCAUCCAUUUGCCCAUUCCAUUUGCCCAUUUGCCCGCCACGGCGCCACUCUACAUUUUUAUUUCUUCAUCCUUUCGGCGUUUGCGUCAACAAGAAUAGAUUCCUUACAUCCGAAAGAUUCUGUACCUCACACGAUCUACCAGGAUUUGAUUGGCAUCAUCGACUAUUCUUACAUUCUUACAUUCUUACAUACAUUGCGACGGACGACCAAAAAGCCUUAUAUGUACUACCAAGAUCUCAGAAUCGUCUAACAUCAGUCUUAAAUCCCAAAUUUGCAAAAGAGCCGCUUUUCUACGAUUCAAAAUCAACACUCGUACACAUUUCAACACCUUCCUAUCUACCCCUUACACGAACAAACAUCUCCACCCCACGAGUAUUUACAAGUGGGGGUAUUCGAAUCCCUCCUCCAUUCAAACGUUCCUCGCCUUGCGAUAGUCGCAUAUCGAUCGCAUAUCAAUUCGAUUGGCAUUGGCGAGUGGCGUGAAGGAUAUUCUUUCGUUCAAAGACCACCUUUCAUACUUCAUCUCGAUACUUCUACCAUCGCUCAUCAUGCAAAUGAAUGAGACGUCAAUCAAUAUGAAGCCUGAUUCUAAUCAAGUCGCAUGCGACGAAUUUUACAAUAGCCUCAACCUCGACAACCUCCCUCCCAACCAUAAUCUACAAGCGGCUGGGACUAAGAACAAUAUCGCAUCGGGCCCAGAGACAAUAAAGGCAGAGGUCCCACAGAAAGCUCCAAAGAAGAGAAAGAGAGUGGUGAUCUCAUGUACUGAGUGUCAUAGGCGCAAGCAAAAGUGUGAUCGUCAAUUUCCAUGUUCGAAUUGUGUUAAUCGCAAUAAGCAAGAUGUUUGUCAAUAUGAGAAUGAAUCUGCGAGGAAACAACAAUUACUAGAUGAUUUAAGGUCGUCUGACAACGCGGAAUAUGGAAAGAAUGCACAAGUCGAAUCGGAUUCCGUGGCAAAAGUUAGUGCUUUAGGAUAUGCAAAGUCAAAUGGGACCCAUUCCAAUACAACACUAGGAAUCUUCAAGAAGAUAGAGGCAGAGGUCAACGAUGGGGCCGCUGUGACAUCGCAUUCCAUAACAACAUCAGAGAAUGCUGGACUGCGGGAGAAAUACAAGAGCUUGAUACGACAAUUACCCUCCCGACCCUACAUUGAUAUGCUCUUAAAGACGUUCUUCCGCGAAGUCAACUUUCAAUAUUAUGCUUUAGACGAAGGAACAUUUCGCGAUCACCUCAGAAAUUGGAACAAUCUUUCUUUUGCAACUUUGAAUAAGGGACCACAGGAAUUACCUGCAGAUUUACAAUUCUUUCCCGCUCUUCUAUUCCAAUGUAUUGCUAUGGCCUUACUAUUCCAACCACCAGAUCAUGAUCCAAGUUUGGAGUCACUCAAAUAUGCAGCGGGAAUGUCAUUUGAUGAUCUUGCGGCUGAUUACAGUGAUUCGGGAGUCAGUAUUUUGACCUUGUUAGGCAAACGAAACACUACUCUUGUGACUGUUCAGGCCGGUUUUGUAAGGGCGUCGUACUUGAAAUAUAGUGGAAUGGUGCCUGAGAGUUGGCAUUCUCUAUCCCAAACGAUCAAAGACGCUCAAGAGAUUGAAUUACACAAAGAUAAUUAUCAACCUCAACGUCACAAGCCUGAAGAUGGAUAUGAACAUAUUUGGCAUCAACAACUCCGAAGGAGAACUUGGCUUGUACUCGCUCUAUGGGAUGUACAUAUGGCAUUGGUUCUUGGUCGACCGACCACAAUUGAUAUGCGUGAUCCAAGACCACCUUUUCCUAUCGACGCUCCCAUACCCGCGACUCUUGAAGAUCGACGCAAGACCCCUCCUAUAGAACGAAAACCUACAGAUAUGCCCACACCUUUGACAAUGCUAUUAUGGUAUGUUGAAGUUAUGGCUCCGCUUUGGGAUAUAUAUUACCUUGAGAAAGAUGGACCACAACCUAGUGAUGCACUAAAGGUUCAAAAGAUGCACAUUAAUAUCAAACAAAUUCAUGAGUUAUGUCCACCCUACUUCAGAGCCGAAAAUCCUGACACAACUUGGGAUAAUCACCCUGAUUGUUACUGGCUUCCACCUUGCAGAUUAAUCUUCCAAAACGGUGGUGCAUUCACAACAAUGGCGCUUCAUAGACCAUAUAUUUGUCUUUCGGUUUCCAGUCGCCGUUCUGCUCUUGAAGCUGGUUUGGAUAUUUUACGAGUGCAACGUGAAUAUUUCAGUUUACUACAGACAAAACAUUACAAAAUGUUCAACCUUGUCCUUAAUACCUUUGACGCUAUCAUCCUCUCAGCCGCCAUUUACAUCCUACAUCCAUUCGAGAAUAGGGAUCUUCUUGACAAUACUCUACAGCAUUUUGAUUGGGCCAUGGAGAGAUUCCAUACUAUGAUUGGUCGCAAUGCAAUUGCUAAUACAGCCGCCGGUGUACUCAAAGCAAUCAACAUUCGCUUGAAGAAAGCAUUAGGAACAAAUAAACCUCAACCAUCAACUCCAUCAGAUGUUGAAUCCAAUCCAUCAUCGACAGUCGCUAGCUCACAAGCUGUAAGAUCUGGUACUUCUACAUCUGCACAAUCUUACAAUUCUCCUGCAUCGUCCACCGAUCCUUCAACCAUAUCUUCGGCAAAUUCUGUCAAUGGAAGUCAUUACAAUCUUCCCACGAUACAAAACUUAACCUCACCAAAUCCCAAUAUACCAGCUGCUUGGGAAUUUCAAGGAGCCAAUAAUAUUAUGCCACACAAUUUUGAUCUUUCAUCAAUUGCUCCUUUACAACCAAUGCAUGAUCUUAUAUUCAAUGAUUUGAGUACGAACCUUGGAGGAACAAAUUAUGAUUUGCCAUAUCAAAACUUCCAAGACGCAAGUUUGUAUGCGCAACCUGAACCGUGGCAAUUUGAAGGAGAUUUGGGUCAGGAUAGUUUUUGGGCAGUUAUGAACAAUUACAAUCCUUAA